CGCGAUCGCGCGAGUUAUGUCAUAAUAAUCGAAACGGAACCGUAGCGGUUUCACGCGUGUUUUUUUUUGGAAAUUUUUCGGAAAAUUUCACUUCGACUAUGAGCGACAACGAGGUUACGCAUCUGAAGUUCGCUCUGAGCAGCGCCACCACCGUCGAGCCGAAGCCGGAGCGCCGCAACCAGGACUUCCUGGACAUCAACCACGUCAGGAUAAUACCGUCGUCGUUGUGGUUCACCGGCGCCUACGACGGGAAGAAGUUUACGGAAAAAAUGCAGAUAAUCAACACCGGCAGGUCCCCGGUGUUCGUCAGAAUCUCCAAGAUAUCUUCCAAGGCGUUCAGAAUGAAGUUACUGCCGAGAGGCAAGAUGCUCUCUUCUGGUAUGAGCAUCAUCAAAUACGUGAGUUUUCAGUUUAAUAAGGCGGUUGCAAUUACUCAGGCUCUUAUUUACGUUCACAUUAACGAAGUGCCUGUGUACUAUCCCAUUGAAGUCCAAAGCGCGGUUUCUUUCGUUAAAAUCACUCCGAGGAUGUUGUAUUUCGGCGAAAUUGAUAUGGGCAGAUCGUCGGAACAAUUGACCGUGGCUUUGGAAAAUGUGGGAGAAAAAAUUGCGCAAUUUUCUAUAGAUUUAGGAAGAAACGAUCUCGAAUUAAUUAUCGAACCAACAAGGGGUAUUAUUAAACCCGGAUAUUCAACGGAGGUGACAGUGGAGCUGCUCGGCUCCCGCACGGGCUCGUUUCUCAAGGAGUUUUGGGUGAAAACCGAACCGCUCCAGAGAAUAUGGAUAACCGGCACGUUCAUUAUGCCCAAAUUAACCGUCGAACAUCCGCUGAGCAACAACUUCGACCUCAUCGUUAUCGAUUUUCCCAAAACGUACUACCUAGCUCAAAAUAACCGGAUAAUCGUGGUGAAAAAUCACAGCUCGACGAAUUCGAUGUACUGCGCAGUGGCCGAAUGCAACAAAGGAGAAUUUAUCGCUUUGGAUAAAGCUAUGGAAAUGGAUGAAAGUUUGAAAUUUUUCCGCUUGAAUCCCGUUGAAGGUCGUUUGUUGAAAAACCACAAGGCUGUCAUUACAAUUACAUUCGCUCCCUUUCAAAUGAAAGCGCUGGGUAAUAAAUACUAUUGCAUUACUUUCAUCAAAAUUAUGAAAGUUAAUUAUCGAGAUGGCGUCGUCCAAAAGAAAGAUAUAGAAACAAAGACAUUUUCCGGGACGGAUCCUGAUCAAUAUCAGAUCGCCGAUAUCCGAAAAUCGGACGAGUCGUUUUCCACGUUCGAGCUGAAGCAAUCCGAAUCGAACAUAAGGAUUUGCCUGUACGGCGAAAUCGAAGACGUGGCCGUCGAACUAACGCCUUCCCGCAUAUACAGAGAAAACCUGCUCAUCGGCGAGGAAACCAAGCUCACAUUCAACAUAAAAAACUACUCGAAAUACCUACCCAUAGCGUUCAAGCACGAGAAAAUAGCCACCUUCAAAAUGGACCCCUACGAAGGCACGCUCGAGCCCCAAGCCUCCGUCGACGUGCUGCUGUUGCUCAAGCCCCGCACCAUGGGCGCCUUCAACAAAAAACUGCGAAUAUCCCUGUUGUACAAGAACCGCGACAACGACGUCUUCAACGUGGGCACCGCCAUUUUGAGCAUCUCCUACAACGCGCACUACUGCGACGACGUCCUCCACAAGAGAACGGCUCCCACCUACGUGAUGGGCAUCACCAGUCCGUUCAUCAGCGAAGUCGGGCAUCUGGUGGACGACGUUCGCUACAACACCGCCGAUAUCACCAAAGUACCCGUCCAAGCCUUCGUCGAUCCGGCGACCAUGCAAGAGGUGCUCGACGAGCACAACCACCAUCUCAUCGCCUUCCCCAACGACAUGCCCAAAUGGUUCCAUCCCUGGCGCAACGAAGUACCAUGCACCACGAUAUUCAAGCAACUGCCGCGGUACGUGACGCCCAUGUGCUACGACAUGACCUACACCCCGUCGCAGUGGCAAUUCAAGAAGGAGAACGAGAAGAAGUACAACGAUUACUUGCAGCAGAGGCCUUUGAAGAGACCCGCGGUGGAGUGCAAUGAGAUGACGGACCGGUGCUAUCCGCAGGAACAGUCGAAAAUGUUGUUGUCGUACUCGAAAACUCCGCAAUGCGCGCUGACGUUCGCGGGCGGUGACACCGAAUGGCCUAAAUUGAUACCGUUGGUUCCCAGCGAAUUGAUGAAUAUCGAAAUUAAGCCGCAAUGCGUUUCCCUGGGCAAGAUAGCCCCGCAUAUAAUGUGCAACGAUUUCUUCGAGAUAAAGAACAACAAUAUGUUUCCUAUCACGAUUAAAAUAUUAGCGCUGAGCAACAGCCUGAUAAUCAACGGUAAAGACCGCCUGCGGAUUUACGGAAACAAAUCGGAAAAGCUAUAUUUCGAUUGCUUUUCGUUCGGCCUGGGAAAGUACUACGUGCCAGUUUACAUUCUCAUCAACGACUACCACAUAUUCGACGCCAUCGUGUACGCCGAAGUAGUACCGACGACUGUCAAGUGCAAAUUGAAAGAAAUCAUAAUUAGCGCGAAGGAUAAUGUCGGCUAUUUGGAGCUGUACAAUCCGGUGAAUUGCGCCAUAGAUUUCGAAUGGGAGGUGCAAGAAGAGACCUACCAGAUAAUGCCGACGAGCGGUAAAAUCGAGUCGAGGAAGUCCCUCUAUUGCAAGAUCGUUUUCACUCCCCGCAUCGGCGCUGUCUUUAGAACCGAGAUUUAUUUGUUAUCGCAAAGCGGCGCCAAGCAAAUAGUAAGAGUAUCGAACGAGGAGGUUAAAUUCGCGUUGAAAUUCAGCACUCAGGCCAUCGAAAUGAAAAAUCUCCCGUUGAAUAUACCGGUGAGCAAGCAACUGGUGAUUCGCAACGAAUCGGAGGAAUCGGUGGCUCUGUACGUGAGAAAUCCCCAGCCGAUCGUGCAAAUCCACAUAACGCCGCGCGAAGGCUUAAUUGAAAGCAAAUCCGAUAUAUUUUUUAAAGUCACGGCCCAUUUUCAAACCAUCAAAACCUUCAGUUGCCUGUUGGAGUUCGUCUUGCAGGAUGGCAGGGAAUACUCCAUACAGGUAUACGGCAACGUGUUGUAUCCGAAUCUGAUUAUAGAACCGGAAAUUAUGCACAUUCGAAAAAUCCCCCCGAUGGCCUAUCAACGUAAAGUGUUUAGAAUCAACAACAACUGCUGGUCGAUAACGACCAUCCAAUUCGUGCUGGAAGGCCAUCCCGAUUUGGCGGUAACCGAUCUCAAUUUCAACAAAUUAGACAAGGAAAUAACGCUGCAACCCAAAGACUACGUUGAGUUGUACUUGGAGUUCCAGCCCGUCGAGCCCACCGCUUACACGUUGUACCUACCGUACAUAAUCAACAACUUCAUCGGCCCGCCGGUGUUGAACAAUCCCAACAGCUUCAAGAUAGGCACCUACUUGAAGCCGCCCAACAUGGAGAUAUCCCGGCAAAUACCCACGUUGCGGGUGACCUGCGCCGCCGGCGCCCCCUGGUUCAAAUUCUCGGAUUUAACGUUGACCUUCGAGGGCAGCAACGACGAGAAGAAAUUCGAAAUGACCAACGUGUCGUCGUUGCCGCAAACCAUCAAAUUCGUCACGGAGAACAUCGACCGCUGCUUCUCGGCGAAGGUGGACAGUUGCACCGGCAAGUACAGGAUCGAAGAGAAGUUCAUCAAGGUGUUCCUGCUGGUCGACGACACCGUGGUGGUUUCCUUCAAAUUCGAAACGGACGCGUACGGGAAGUACGAAAGCGACGUUCCCUUCUACAUCAAGCACUACUUCGACAACUGCGCCUUCAACUACAUCAAACUGCGCGGGAUGGUUUGCAAGCCGUCCUUCGCCGUUUCCAGCAGGACCAUUAUGAUGCCCACCAUUCCGGUCAACAGGACGUUCUCCAAAUCGGUCACGGUCAGGCUCAAAAACCACAAGCCGAGUUGCUCGGUGAGCAUACAGAGAAACCACGAUUCACUGCGGACGGAAAUGCGCUACGAUCGCGACGCCAUCGAAAUCACCGUUACGGUGCAUCCCCUGCACGAGGGCAACAUCGUCACCAACAUGGUGAUGUCGUGCACCUGCAGCGCUUCGUUUACGAUCUACGUGAGAGCAGCGUGCGACAAUUGCUCGUUGCUCACCUACAGGCACAAGAUGAAGUGUUGGAAGGAUCCCAACGACCCCGCCUCCGAUCCGGAUAACUACGCCCUCAAGCUGGACAAAUUGAACAAGCUACUGGAAACCUACAUCUUCAGCGAGGGGUUCUUCUUGACCUAUUACUUUAAGAUUCCCCACACGAUUUCCAGGUACCCGUACACGAUGUAUGCUAUAAAAGUAGAACAGAAACCUCACAAACCGCGCAAGGAGAAAAUCGUGCAUCUGCCUAUCGUUACUUUGUUCAAGAAUUUAAUCAACGCUUCGGUGGUGUAUCAUCUUACUGACGGGAAAAAUACCGCUUCUUUGGACGACAGGCAAGGUACUGCGUACGAUUAUAGCGUUUACAAAAAUAUGCUGAGGUUCAUGGAAGGCUACAAAGUCUUCGUGAAGAAUCUGAACCCCGAAUUGCUGUUGCACUACGAGCGCUAUGUAAUAUUCAAAACGAUGCUCAUCGACGAAGAGAACCUCUCCGGCGAUCAUAUAUUGAGCGAGGAAGAGUUCGACGCGCUGAGCAGGGAAUGCUGGUUGGAUUUGUUGAUAAAAAUCUACAAAUUGUUCCACUACGAUCGAUUGCUGAAAGACGUGCCGCCCAGGACGGGUAAAUUGGAGGUCGACGACAUUUACUCGGACGAAUUCAGGAAAUACUACACCAACAACAUCGAAUCCAUGCCGCCGGACAUCAACGAGUGCGAAACCAAGCUGAUGCUGUGGGUGGAGUUCCACUACAACGAGCAGCGGAACAAGCUCUGGCCCAACCACAAUUUGCAGCACAGAAACAUCAGGGAUCUGACGUGCGAUCUGCGCGACAGCUUGCCGCUGGCGGCCGUCAUGGCGGCGUACUGUCCCUAUUUAUCCGACAUAUUCAAAGACAUUUACUUCGAGAAACCCGACAACGCCGCCCACUGUCCCCUCCAUCACAAUGCCUGUUUGAUCUCGGAGGCGUGGAACCGCUUGAAUCUUUCCUUCAAAAUAUCAACCACCAGCAUAUUCAAACCCAACAACAUAGAAAUGCUGUUCAUACUGUCCUAUUUGUACGCCGUAUUGCCGAGUUUCUAUCCGUUGGAAACCAUCACGAUAAAAUCCCAUUUAGGUAAAACCUCAUCGGCGAAGGUGAUACUAAAAAACCCGGGGUUAUCCACUAUCAGUUACGUGCCGAAAUUGUUCCUCAACGACACCGAGAGCUUCCACAUCGAGUGCGACCACAUUCUCAUACCAUCCAAAGGCGAGAAAGACCUGAUCGUUUCGUACACGGCCAAGCACAUCAUCAAAGAGGAAGCCGUGCUGCUGGUGACCGGCGAAGACGGCGGCGAGAGGUUCGCCAAAGCCACCGCCAUCAACCUGAUUGGCAUUCCAGACAUACUGCACUUCAUACAGGAAAUCAAAGUGAAAGUCGAUCUCUACGAAACCGUCACCAGAACCAUCAACAUAGUGUCGCCGUACGCGCAAUCCUACCAAGCCAACACUUACUUUUACUUGUUUCAAGAAGGGAAGCCGCCGUUAACCAUGAACGAUUUCGUAUCGGUAACGGCGUUGUCGGAUUUGCCGAGGCAAUUGGACUUGGACGGGGUGUGCGUGUUCAACGAAACCGGCGUCCACAAGCUGACCAUAAAAAUGUGCUUCGUGGCCUCCGGCGACUGGAUCUACUAUAUUUACUUUUUGAACAAAGACGUGGGGAUCUUCUCGGUGAAGAUCCAGAUCCGGGCGGAGCCGUCGCCCGAAAUGUUCGAGACCAUUUUGGUCAAGGUGAACACGAGCUUCGAUCCGUUGGCACCGUGCAGGUGCAAACCGCACGCCAAGAACCUGCUCUGCUCCAGGAUACUCUACGUUGAUAUUCCCAACCAGAACAAGGAUCUGCUGGAGGGCUUGAGGAACAUGAUCAAAAUAUACGCGCGGAAGGACGAAAUCGAUUUUUGGAAUACUCAUUUAGUUUUUUCGAAGGGGAUUCACAUAUUCCGGGUGUAUUUGGACAACACGUACAACGAGGACUUGGUGCCGUUCAAGCAGGUCCUGUACCCUUCGGUUACCUAUAAAUUGAACAAGUCGAAUUCCCAAUUUUCCACCGACGAUGUGUUCUACAUCGAUGAUACCACCAGCGAAGGCACGCAGAAAUUGCUGAUACAUUGGAAUUCGAGGGAAAUGCCGAAGCACGAGCACUUGACUCUGAGCGCCGUGCACGGAUUGGAGAUCAGAGAUUACAAAUUGCAAUUCCUGCAAAGGAAAGCAUUAAGGAAUGUUAAGAAGCUCUCGGAAAACAAAAUUCCUUCUCGACAAAGUUCGCGCAUAUAUAAAGCAAUCCUAAAAUAAUCGCUUUAUACGAUAAUUCUGAUGCUUAGCUUCAAUAUAUUUAAGCGGAAAUCUAGCUCUUAAUUUUCCGGCCCUGCGUGUUUCUGUUUUUCGGUGCCUUUACUUUAAUUUUUAUUAUGAAAUAGCGAAAUUUUUGUCGU